CCCACAGGGCAGCUUCCCCACACGGCCCCUUUAAUGUCCCCCUCCUGCUGGCCCCGGGGAGGCGGGGAAGGAGGGCGGCUUGGGGAGGACGGCGGCCUCCAGGGGCCGGCCGGUGGCGGGGGAGCGCCGCAGCGUGAGGGCGGCGGGAGCACGGGCUCUGGGUUUUCUUUUCCUUCGGGUGUUUUAGCCACCGACCCGGCGGCUUUGGUAGAGGCUGUGGGGGGGGAAUUUCCCCGUUCACAGCCUGCUGGGGACGGUAACACCGCCCUCGGCACCUCGGUUCUCCCGCGGGGGGCUAAGAGUGCCUCCUUGAUCCACGCAUUUUUUGGGAGAUAAACUGAAGACAGCGCUGCGUUUGGAGGCUGGAGUGGACGUUUAGGUACUUCGCCGUUGAUGCAGCCGACGUGGAUAUUUUGGAGAAGCUUAAAAGAAGAAUCAAUAAUGUCAGCGCUGAACUGGAAGCCCUUUCUCUAUGGAGGUUUAGCAUCAAUCACUGCAGAAUGUGGUACUUUCCCAAUUGAUCUGACUAAAACACGUCUGCAGGUUCAAGGUCAAGUUAAUGAUGCUAAAUAUAAAGAGAUCCGCUACCGUGGAAUGAUGCAUGCACUGGUCAGAAUAUGCAGAGAGGAAGGACUGAAAGCCUUAUACUCUGGGAUUGCACCUGCAAUGCUACGGCAAGCUUCAUACGGAACUAUAAAAAUAGGCACUUACCAGAGCUUAAAAAGAAUGUUUGUUGAGCAUCCAGAAGAUGAAACCCUGAUGAUAAAUGUUCUAUGUGGCAUUCUUUCGGGAGUAAUUUCAUCAUCUAUUGCCAACCCUACAGAUGUCUUAAAGAUCAGAAUGCAAGCCCAAGGUAGUGUGAUUCAAGGAGGAAUGAUGGGCAACUUUAUACAGAUCUACCAAACUGAAGGCACUAAAGGAUUAUGGAAGGGGGUGUCCCUGACAGCACAGAGAGCUGCUAUUGUUGUUGGAGUGGAACUGCCAGUGUAUGACCUUACCAAGAAGCACCUAAUCAUGUCUGGAUAUAUGGGAGACACAGUUUAUACACACUUCCUCUCCAGUUUUACGUGUGGGCUAGCUGGAGCCCUUGCAUCCAACCCAGUUGAUGUUGUGAGAACACGCAUGAUGAAUGAGAGAAGCCAACAAAACGUGGCACACUCAAACUACAAGGGUACUCUGGAUUGCUUGUUACAAACCUGGAAGAAUGAGGGCUUUUUUGCUCUUUAUAAAGGGUUUUGGCCAAACUGGCUAAGACUUGGUCCUUGGAAUAUCAUCUUCUUCCUGACAUAUGAACAGCUGAAGAAAUUAGACUUGUGAUGUACUGAAGUCUAUACCAAAUUCUUCUACCGCACUGUUUGAAUGUAGAGCAACUUGUAAGUUAUCUCGAGUAUCUUCUCUUCUUCCUGCCUGAGAUCUUGACCAGAGGAAGAGGUCAUCACAAGACUGUGGUCAGUCACCUAAAAGUGAUGUCAAGGCUCCUGUACCAUUGGUUUGCUCACAUGAUGAAGUGGAUGACGUGCACUAUUUUAUAGACUGAGCCAAAUGGGAUGGUAUUCCUUUUCAGCUCUUGAAGUAUUCCUGAAUGUGAAGAUCCCUAAUGUGACUUUCGCUGUCAAGACCCAGAUACACAGUGUUUUGUAAGUGUCAGACGUUAAGAACAAUUUUUAUUUUUCUAAAGGAAGAUAGGUACUACCAAAGCAUUGGGCUUUUACUGUUUUCAGAAGAGUACAAUAUUUGACUGCAAUAGUUCAGUUCCUAUUUAACUGCAAGUGCCAUGAGAUGUCUUCACAGCCUUUCGUUUUACCUGCUGCAAUACAAAAUCUGCUUCUGAUUUUAUAGAUGACCUGUGUUGCAAGUUCUGCUGACCUUGCUGGGAGUAAACCAACUUCACUGGCAGGUGGGGUUGAUACAGCUCUCGGUUGUGCGUGGUGUGAGGAGAGCUUUUUCCACUGUAUCAUUCUUGGUUUUCAGAGUAAGUGGUUUCUGAACAUAUUCUUACAUAAAUUUGAAUUAGGAAUGAGGUUCAGACAAGCCCAAGCUCAUCUGCCUGUCCUGGAAGGACAUUUCUGGUGUUGGAAAGAGCUACUUUGAUGUAUAAGUGCUAUGGGCAGUUACAAAGAUGAGAGGAAAAAAAAAAAAAAAGUUCUGCAUUGAGCAGUUCAGGCCAAUUAAUGUAGGUGCCAAUGCAAAAGAACAAAGGAAAUCCAAGAAAGACUGCUUUCAUUUCUUAAAGAAGUAAAAAACAAAAACAAAUCAAAACAACAAACUAACAAAAAAAAA